UAGUACGACAGAAGCCAUGACUAAGCACUACUGCAGAGUUACAGUCUUCAUUGGGUUUCUUAUUGCGAGUUUGAUCCAAAACUCGCAAUCUUCCGUUGUGUCUGUGGGGGACUUCAACAAGGAUUUCUAUGUGACAUGGUCUCCUAAUCAUGUAAAUACUUCUGCUGAUGGGCGAACCAGGAGCUUGAUUCUUGAUAAAGACUCAGGUGCUGGUUUUGCUUCCAAUGAGAUGUUCUUGUUUGGGGAGAUAGACAUGCAAAUCAAGCUGGUACCAGGUCAUUCUGCGGGCACAGUUGUAGCCUUUUAUCUAACUUCAGAUCAGCCUAACCGAGAUGAGAUAGAUUUUGAAUUCCUUGGCAAUGUGGCGGGGAAGCCAUAUAUCCUCCAAACAAAUAUUUUCGUGGAUGGGUUCGAUAACAGGGAGGAAAGAAUUAAUCUAUGGUUUGAUCCAACCAAAGACUUUCAUACCUAUUCAAUUCUAUGGAACCUUCACCAAAUUGUAUUCAUGGUGGACUGGGUACCCUUUAGGGUAUAUAGAAACCAUGCAGACAAGGGAGUUGCUUUUCCUCGGUGGCAACCGAUGAGCAUCAAAAUCAGUCUAUGGAACGGGGAGAGUUGGGCGACACAUGGAGGGCGCGACAAGAUCGACUGGUCCAAGGGUCCCUUCGUGGCAUCGUUUGGAAACUAUAAAAUUGAUGCCUGCAUUUGGAGAGGGAAUGCAAGGUUUUGUAGGGCUGAUAGCACCAGCAAUUGGUGGAACAAGGAUCGGUAUAGCACUCUAACAUGGCCACAGAGGAGGUUGUUCAAAUGGGUUAGGAUGCACCACCUCAUCUAUGACUAUUGCCAAGACAACCAGAGAUUCCAAAACAAUCUGCCAAAGGAGUGUUCUCUUCCCAAGUAUUGAUCAGUGGGAGAAGCUCUCUUGUUGUUUGGCUCAUUUGUUUUUCACCUUUCUUACUUUGAUUUUCAUAUUUGUUUUUCAUUUUAUGUUCAUUAUAUAUAUAUAUAUAUAUAUUCGAGUGGGGUCUUUUGAGAGAGCAAACUUACAAGCGCUUUCUUUUUCCUUUGUGCUGCCAAGGACGCCUCGCAUAACUUAAUGUAAAGGGCAGGAAUAAAAAAGGAAAAAGUUUUGGGCUUUAAGCAAACGGAGCCCAAAGAAGCACUACUUUCCAAUUACUUAACUCUGCUGCCAAAUGAAAAGAUGUGGCGAUAAACAUAGCCAGAAGGAAAGUAUUGAAAAAAAAAAUUAUAAAUCCAUGCAUGAAGUUUCUUUUCAUGUAAUUUUAAGGCUUUUUUUUUUUUUAUGUCCAAGGUGUGUAUGGACCGGACCACAAUUCUCUUCUGGUUAACAGUUGUUGAACUUAUUAUUCAAGAAUAUGAUCAA